GGUUUUCGCCACACCAGGUAGCAACUCAACCAGCUCCAGAGGAAGGCCCGUUUCAGAACAAGAAUCCUUUCCACAUCUCACAAUUCAGCAACAGCAGCCGCAAAAAGAAACAAACAAGAAAACAAAAGAUGUCGUGGUACCCAACCGAAGCAACUGGCGUUUGCCUCAAGCAAUCUCUUCGAAACAAUGCUACGUACGAGGAUUUCACCUGUGUGUACCCUACCCUUGGGAAGACCUAUUUUGACUGGGAGUUUCCAUCUCAUGGUGCUGCCAAUGUGCUAACCUUCAUGGAAAACAACAACUGGCUCCCAAUUUUGACUGUGGCUUUGUAUGCACUUGCAAUCUUUGCUGGCCAGAAAUACAUGGCCAACCAACCUGCCUGGGACUGGCGAUACAGGCUGGCCGCUUGGAACCUUUUCUUGGCAGUCUUUUCUGCUGCUGGAUUCUUCCGCAUGGCACCACACCUGCUUCACAAUCUAUGGCACUAUGAUUUCAAGACCAACGUAUGCACUGAUGGGUUAACACUUGCUGGAUUUGGACCAACAGCAUACUGGGGUUUGAUCUUUGCUUGGAGCAAGUUUUUCGAGCUCUUCGAUACCUUUUUCAUUGUUGUUCGCAAGAAGAAGUUGAUGUUUCUUCACUGGUACCAUCACAUCACUGUCUUGCUCUGCUGCUGGCAUACCGUUGUUAGCAAAACACCAGCUGGUUUCAUUUUCUCUGUUGUCAACUAUGGUGUGCACAUGGUGAUGUACUUCUACUACUUUCUUAUGGCAAUCAGGUGCAAGCCCAAGUGGUUCAACCCUCAGGUUAUCACCGUUGCCCAAAUCCUUCAGAUGGUUGUUGGAGUCAGCGUUUGUGUUCGGGCUUACUCCUGGGCCAGUGAAGAUGGAUGCCACGCUAGUGCAACCAACAUCAAGGGUACUUUGCUGAUGUACGCCAGCUAUUUGUAUCUUUUCUGUGAGUUCUUUUUCAAGCGCUACAUGAUCACGACCAAGCGAACAAAGACAGCCUAGAAAGGGCAAGAGAGUGCGCGACAACAGUCAAUCUUCCACCAGCGGAUGGCCUUGAAUGGUAGCGGACCAACCCUGUUACAAUACGAGUCAGUAGUGAAUCACAAAGAGUAGAAAAAGCAACUUUUAAACCAUGCAUUCAGUUC